AUGGCUAGUUUUGUGUCCUUUUCCGAGGAGGCGGUCUUCUCACGUCCGAUCUGUCUGGAGGUGUUCAUCAUUCCCUUGUCAACAACCUGUGGACACAACUUCUGCAGAACCUGUAUUACCAAGUUCUGGGUUGAACAGGACCGGUACAAAUGUCCUGUUUGCGACGAGCUCUUCCACACACGACCUGCUCUAUGGGUCAACACCUUCAUCUCAGGGAUGGCUGCUGAGUUUACAAGGUCUGUCCUACGCAAAGUGCCUUGUGUUAAACCGGGAGACGUUCCCUGUGAGGUCUGUACCGGGACCAAGCUGAAGGCCGUGAAGUCCUGCCUAAAUUGUCAAGCCUCCUGCUGCCACGCACACCUGGAGCCUCGUCAGAGAGUCGCAGGACUGAGGAGACAUCGGCUGGUCGAGCCUAUGGAUCAUCUGGAGGACAGGCUGUGUACGACACACUCUCAACUCCUGGAGCUCUUCUGCCAGACUGAGCAGGUGUUUGUGUGUCAGAUCUGCACAGAGAUGGGCCACACGUUCCAUCCUUUUGUACCUCUGAAGGAGGAAUGUAAGGUGAGGACAGCUCAGCUGGGGAAGAUAGAGGCUGAGGUUCAGCAGAGGAUUCAGCACAGACAACGGAUGAUUCAGGAGAUCCAAUACACAAUAAAACGGAACAAGGAGGACGCAGACAGAGAGCUAUCCGAAGGAGAGCAGGUCCUCACCGCUCUGAUGCGCACCAUCGAAAAGGCCUGGUAGGACUUCCACAAAACGGUCGACGAGAAUCGGAAAUCAACAGAGGAACAAUGUGAAGGUCUCAUCAAA